AUGACCACGACGUUACUGGAGCGAAUUCAGAAUGGCUACCCCGGACUCGCGAAAUUUAUGGGACAGAAUCUGGACCAGGGGCUGGGAAUCUUCAAGCAAUUUGCCGAACUCAACACUCGCAGCCUGCUUUACAUGCAGGCUGAGCUUCUCUGCUUGCAGCAAGAGCUCGAUGUUAUCACGUAUGUUGAUGAGCAUGGAACCGAUCCCACUACAAAGAACUUUGCCAGAAGUGUGUGGGAGAUGAAGAAGCCUCCUAAUAGACCUCAAUGGGACAAGGUACUUGAGAUUAGAAGCAAGCUAAAGGACUACAAUGACUGUCUGCUCCAACAAGCCGAUAUGGCAAAACUAGAUCGCGCGAACAAGAACGAUCAGAAGUGGCUGAGAGUCUGGUUGCAGCACCGAAAAGGCGGCAAAAGCUUUCUCGAAGGCUGCGAAUAUCGAGCAUACGACGAGAUGGAGCACCCAGAUCUAAUCUCCAUCUCCAGUAGGCCUUCCAACGAUAGGUUCACGCGAUGGCUAGAGAUGAGCCUGGUACCUCAUUUUCCUACUCCCCUACGGACAUCGGUUCUAGUAAGUACCAAUUCCACUCACAUCUCCACUGCGCUCACCGUCUCGAACCAGGAGCCGAUGGCGGGAUCAGAAGAGACGGGAAUAGGCCGCGUCAAGCUAGAAGUUCUCCACCGAUUCGCUCGAGUACUGAACGUGGUACUUUCUGCAAUCAUCCCGUCGACCGCCAUCGUCGCACUGUAUUUGAUCAACAAUCUUCCAUACAGAAUCGCGGCUGUCGCAGCCUUCUCGGGAGUGUUCGCAUCUGUCUUGGCUAUCUUCACGACGGCACGUCCGGUCGAGAUAUUUGCAGCCACCGCAGCGUGA